UCUCAAUGCUUCCCAGGUUUUUGACUCAUCACGUUCGUUCCUUCAUCCUUGCUUUGAUUACGGGCAUUGGCAUCUGGCGCUUUGGAGAUACACACUGAGUGGUGGAAUCUGUAUACUACCUAGAGAAAUUAUGAUCAGCCUCACACUGUCCGCAUCGGCCCUGCGGCAGAGUUGCUCCGGAGCUCUGCGCCGGGUCCGGGUCCGGGUCCGAUUGCCGACCCCGGCAUCGGCUUUGGGUUCCUCCAGAAGACUCCUCGCGGCCAGCCUGCAGUCGUCAUCCUCACCAAUCUCGACCGUCUCGCUUGCCUACGACCUUCAUGAGCCACCAAAGCCCGUGGUCGAUAAACAGACGUCGCCAAUCAUUUUCAUGCACGGCUUGUUUGGGUCCAAAAAGAACAACCGGACUAUCAGUAAAGUCCUAGCCCGCGACUUGGGCCGUCAUAUUUACGCUGUGGACCUUCGCAACCACGGCGACUCCCCCCAUGACCAACGCCAUGAUUACCUUGCCAUGGCCGCCGACGUGGCCGACUUCAUCCGUCAACACGGGUUGAAGGAGCCAACGCUGAUUGGGCACUCGAUGGGCGCCAAAACUGCUAUGGUACUCGCUCUUCAGGAGCCCAAUUUGGUCGCCAAUAUGGUUGCCGUGGACAACGCCCCCGUCGACGCCCGCCUCAGUUCCGAAUUUCCCCGGUACAUCCAGGGCAUGAAGAAGAUCGACGAGGCUGGCGUCACCCGUCAGGCCGAGGCCGACAGAAUCCUCGAGGAAUAUGAGAAGAACUUCACGAUUCGGCAAUUCCUGCUCGGCAACCUACACCGUCCCGACGGCAGCGCGACUCAAAAGUUCCGUGUCCCGCUGCACAUUUUAGGCAAGGCGCUUGACCACCUGGGCGAUUUUCCCUUGAAGCACCCAAGCGCGGUGCUAGGCGACUUCCACUUCAAGAACCCAAGCGAGGUACGCUUCGCUAAGCCCUCGCUGUUUAUCCGCGGCACCCAGAGCACAUACGUGCCGGACGAGGUGAUCCCGCUCAUCGGCCAUUUUUUCCCCAUGUUCGAGCUGGUCGAUAUCGAUGCGGGCCACUGGGUCAUCUCGGAGAAGCCCGAGGAGUUCAGGCAGGCUGUGGUUCGGUUCUUGGAGCCCAAGGAAUAGACAGUAGACGAACGCUUGAUCUAUUCUAGCCUGAGCCUGGCAUCGCUGUAGUAUAUCCCCGUAUCCAUACCCUAGACAUGUGCAUGAAUAUAGAAAUAGACUGCCAUAAACACGCCGUGGUGUUGUAACCCGCAAC